AUGUCGGCCUCUGGAGACCGACGCGAAAUCGUCGUCAUUGGCGGUGGCAUUAUUGGAUGCUGCACCACAUACUAUCUGACGCGACACCCAUCCUACGACCCUACCCGCCACAAGGUAACUCUCCUCGAAGCCUCCGAGAUCGCGGGCGGCGCAUCAGGGAAAGCGGGGGGGCUUCUUGCCCAAUGGGCCUACCCAAGCAGCAUCGUGCCACUGAGCUACAGGCUGCAUGCAGAACUCGCCAAGGAACAUGGCGGCAAAGAUCGAUGGGGAUACCGGGAGGUGAAUUGUGGGCAGCUUGUUGUUCGCGGCCGCGCGCUCAACGACAAGAAAACCGACGGCGCAAAUUCCGAGUCACUGCAGAAACGCAGCGCAGCGGCUCUGUCGAAGCUGAAAUCAGCUAAGAUCCCACAGGACCUAGACUGGGUUGAGCCAGAGCUCUUGCGCGCCUACGAGAGUAUGAGUGGCCCGGGCGAGACGGCCCAGGUCCAUCCGUACCUCUUCACCACUUCCAUUGCGAAAUUGGCCGAGGAGAAGGGCGCGCAGGUGAUCCUGGGACAGGUCACAGAUAUUGCUCGUUCGAAUGAUGCCGUGGAAUCGGUCACUUAUACCGACAAAGCAUCAGGCGAAGCACGCACGAUCUCUGCCACGGAUGUGGUCAUCGCUGCCGGUCCUUGGACUCGGACGAUUCUCCCCGAAGCGCCUAUUUCUGCGAUGCGCGCUCACAGCGUCGUUAUCCGGCCAACAAGGCCCCUCAGCGCAUAUACCUUGUUUACGAACAUUGAGAUCCCCGCCAACUUCGACCCUUCCAAGAAGUCGCGGCCCACCGUGGCAGCACCAGAGAUCUAUACGCGCCCCGACGAGACCGUCUAUGCCUGCGGUGACGGCGACCGGACUGUUCCGUUGCCUGAGACCUCUGCGGAGGUGAAGGUGGACGCGGAGAAGUGCCAGGAGAUCGUGGACCAGGUCGGCAGUAUUUCGGACGCGUUGCGCGAUGGUGAGGUCCGCACGCGCCAGGCCUGCUAUCUGCCCAAUGUGGACAGUGGUGGCGGGCCAUUGGUUGGCUUGACGGGGGUGAAGGGUCUGUACCUGGCUGCCGGCCAUACUUGCUGGGGCAUCCAGAAUGCUCCUGGUACAGGGAAGGUGAUGAUUACUUUCGUAGGCGUUGUUAAGCUCGGGCCAAGGAGUGGAGCGUUUACAUUACGUCUUGCCGGCCCCAGCUCGACUCCGACACAUGUCCUCAAUGCUGAAGGUGAUGCUCAAACCAUGCAUCAUCUACGCCUCUCCUUUAUCCUCACAUCGCUCCUAGUGGCCAUUGGUGCCCUGGCAGCCCACGACCCCAACAAUGUCUCCGUCCUGAUCAAAGAGGCCGCCCGCGCCAACAAUGAGUCCCUGCUCUGGGGCCCCUACAAGCCCAACCUCUACUUCGGCGUGCGCCCGCGCAUCGGCAACAGUGUCUCGGCGGGUUUGAUGUGGGCGAAACUGGAUAGUCUCGAGGGCGUACAACACAACUUUCGGCAUACCUGCGAACAGAAUGAGAACAUGGCCGGCUAUGGCUGGGAUGAAUACGAUAUCCGAAAGGGCGGCCGCGAGACGAUCCACGAUGCCGGCAAUGGUGUCGACCUGACCAUCGAUUUCAUCAAGGUGCCAGGCGGCCAGCGUGGAGGGAACUGGGGAUUUCGCGUGAAGGGCACACCGCGGGAGGAUGCGGACCCGGAUACACCCAUCACAAUGGUAUUCUAUACCAGCAUGGAAGGACUGGGGCAUCUGCAUGCGCUGUCGCAGCCCGAGGAUGAGUUGGGCUUUGUGGGCGAUGUCAAGUUCGAGGGACACUCUCCCGAGCUCGGGGACUUCUCAAUUGAUGUCACCAAGGGUCCGGAGACGAACAAGCACCCCCGUCACGACCACCCCAGCUAUGACGAGAAGCCACUGGAUCGCAGCAUCGUGGCUAGUACAGAUAUUCCGCAGGAGGUGCUCUGGGCGACGAAGAGGUCUUUGUUCAUUCAGAUCAAGUCGGAGCUCGAUCGCUAUAUCGAGGAAUACACCACCGAUAACCCGCCCCCUGUCGAGCAACUAUUUACUGUCCCGAACAAGCCUGGUCAGAGCAAUUUCCAUAUUGUGCAGAAGUUCUUCACAGGUUCCUUUGAGUUUGACGUCCUGUUCUCGUCUGCCUCUGCUCCUGAGCCGAUGACCUCGGAGAGUAUUGACAAGAAUCUCGAGAAGACUGCGCUGUCGUUCUCAAAGCGCUUCGACGAGGUUCUUUCACCGCAGGCGCCAUUCGACUCAGCAGAGUACUCGCGAUUCUCCAAGGCGAUGCUGUCCAAUCUGGUUGGCGGCAUUGGAUAUUUCCACGGCCAAGACAUCGUCGACCGUACCGCGCACCCUGCCUACGACGAGGAGAAUGAGGGCUUCUGGGAGGAAACCGAAGAGGCCCGGAUUACAGGUGCUUCAAAGCCAGAUCUGGAGGGCCCCAAGGACCUAUUCACUUGCGUUCCGUCUCGACCGUUCUUCCCGCGAGGAUUCUUAUGGGAUGAGGGAUUCCACUUGAUGCCUGUCAUGGAAUACGACCCUGAUGUCGCACUUGAAAUCAUUAAGAGUUGGUUCCAGCUGAUGGACGAGGAUGGCUGGAUUGCCCGCGAGCAGAUUCUCGGCGCAGAGGCUCGCAGCAAGGUCCCUCCCGAGUUCACCGUCCAGUACCCUCACUACGCGAACCCUCCCACGCUCUUCAUGACCCUUGAAGUAUUCCUGGACAAGGUGAAUAGCAACAAGAGCACUCAGUCUGAGUCAUUGGAUCAUACCGACAUAGCUGAAAGCCUCCGCUCUGCUACUGUCCGCAACCCGGAGCUGGCUGAUGCGUAUCUCCGUUCACUCUAUCCGCUGCUGAAGAAGCACUACUUCUGGUACCGAAAGACCCAGCGCGGAGAUGUCACCGCGUAUGACCGUGAAGCUUUCUCGACUAAGGAAGCCUACCGUUGGCGCGGCCGAUCCAAGCAGCAUGUCCUAACCUCCGGUCUGGACGAUUACCCACGCGCCCAGCCGCCGCACCCCGGUGAGCUGCAUGUCGAUCUGAUCAGCUGGGUGGGCAUGAUGACCCGCACAAUGCGUCGCGUUGCCGAGACCUUAGGUGAAGAAGAAGAUGCCAAAGAAUUCGAGUACUACGAAAUGGCCAUCACGCGCAACAUCGACGACUUGCACUGGGACGACACGCACAAGACUUACUGCGAUGCCACGAUUGAUGACUUUGAAGAGGACGCACAUGUCUGCCACAAGGGAUAUAUUUCCCUCUUCCCCUUCCUGACCGGCAUGUUGGCGCCUGACAACUUUCGACUCAAGCACGUCCUGGAUCUCAUCCAGGACCCCGAGGAACUUUGGAGCGACUACGGUAUCCGCAGUCUGAGCAAGAAAGAUAAGUUCUACGGUACAGAGGAGAACUACUGGAGGAGUCCGAUCUGGGUGAACAUUAACUAUUUGGUGCUGAAGGGUCUCUAUAACACUGCAACCGUCCCCGGUCCUCAUCAGGAUCGGGCCCGGGAGAUGUACUCGCAAUUGCGCAAGAACCUGGUCGAGAAUGUCUUCCGGGAGUGGAAGAAGACGGGGUUCGCUUGGGAGCAGUAUAACCCCGCCACGGGCAACGGACAGCGCACGCAGCACUUUACUGGCUGGACCAGUAUGGUGGUGAACAUGAUGGCCAUGCCGGAUCUUCCUGGUGGUGCUAAGACUGGUCACGAUGAGCUGUAG